AUGGUUGGUGAAGAAAGGUUGUAUGUCUGCCUGGAUAUAGAAAAGAAAUCUGUGAGGAAAGCCAUGCUGUACUCACUCAGUUUGGCAGCCGUGACCUACGUUACGGUGUUCUUUACCGCGUUAGAUGGUUUGAGGGAUGCCAUUAAAGAAGGGAUCCCAUUCCGCACAGAAGUCCAUCUUUUUCCGAGUCCAUCGUAUUCUGGAAUCUUCUCUGGGUUUCUAUACGUCUUAAAAGAAUGUCACUGGUGGGUCAUAGUCACCAACAUGAUCCUGGUGGAUGGGCUCUCUAUUUUCUCCCUUGUCUACCUCGGGUCUAAAUGUAAACUUGUGUGCAAGUAUUUUGAUAGCCUGAGAGAGAAAACUAUUAAGAACUCUAAAAGUAUGAGUAAGGAGACCUUGGGCCAGGAGUUUGAAAAAGACUUCGUUACCGGGAUAAAGCUGCAUGAAGAGGCACUAUGGUGUGCCCGAAACGUCCAAUAUUCUUUAGGAAACAUUUACGGAGUGGAAAUUAUUGAAACAACAACGGUUCUCGCUUUGUGUCUCAUCAAAUUAGUUAGUGCAGAAAGGAACUUCAUGUUUCUGCUGGCGAACUUAAUGUACAUUGGCUGCUUGAUGGUGAUCAAUGGGGCUUAUAUGAUGGUUGCAGGGGACAUCACAUACCAAAUUUCCAAGCUGCCCAUGUCAAUAUUUUAUUGCGGUUGGGAACUGGUCCCCUGGAGACCUGGGUUGCGUACCCUGAUCGUAGUGGCUCUCCAGUGCAGCCAGAAACCUGUCUACAUGACUGCUUUUGGCGUCAUCACAUUGUCUUAUGGCAACUUUAUUUCGGUUAUACGUGCUUCUUACUCGUUCUUUGCCGUGUUAUACUGA